GUCAACUAUACGCAGCCCUUCACGUGCUUAUCCGGGUCGCUGCACAUUGACCCACGCAGUCUACAGCGUUGCGUCCAUCCAUCCAUCGAUCCACAGUCCUACCCUACUUUGGUCAUCUGCAGUCUGUAUCGUCCCCGUGACGUGCGCGAGAUGUCAUGAAUCUCCAGCCGCCCCUUGCCCCUCACUGUGAUGACGUCCCCCGCCUUGACCUCCUUGCUCGAUGAACGCACCUCCUUCCAAUUCACAUACACCACCCCCUCCUAAAUACACUCACACACACACAACCAUAUGGCAUAACAGCAUGAACACAUCGCAUCCAUCAACCCUCCGGCAUGGGCGGGGUGGACGGAUGAUUGGAUUGACUAACCUGUUCGAUCAUCUUGGCCAUCUUGGACCGGCUGAUUCGCAUGCCGCCGCUGGCCACUGCAUCGAGGCGCAGCGACGCCUCAACAGACGACACCUCUUUCCUCUUGGCCUCGCCCGCCCGCAGCUCGUCAAAGGGGAUCGGCUCAACGUACACAUUGACCGUCCGAACACUAAACCAGAGACACAAUCCCCACACACAAUGAGGGAUGCUCCUGCCUGCGGUGUUUGGCGCAUGUCAUGUGAACCUGGUGAGCUCCGCUUUGACGACCUCCGCCACGUCUGAUUCGACGAUGACCUGGGCGCCGCGCUGGCCGAGCACGAGAACGUCACCCACUCGAUCUCGCUCGACGCCACUGCCAAGAAUCGCACCCAGGAAGUCGCGAUGAUCAGCCGGGUCGAAGAGGAAGUUUCCCUCAAUAGCCAACGCCUGCAUGAAGACGGGAGGCGUGUUCUUGCCAGCUGCUGCCGUUGCUUACGGUGAAGGCAUCUUCGUACUCCUCUCUCCAGGCCUGAUCUUCCAUGACCAUCUCGCUGCUGCAUAUAGACAAGAGAACACAGACAUGUGCGAUGGUAAUCGGGUAGAUGCGCCAUUUCUUGCCGGCCGGUGGGCUACUUGUGGAAGAAGACGCGUUGCCUCUCGGCGCCUGGGAAGCCGCCCCAGCUGUGCAAGGUGACAGCGGCGAUCUUGUCAAAGGCCUCUCGGAGCACAUCGACAGCCAAUGGAGGAAGGAAAUGAGUGCUGGUCACUCGCCACUGCCUGACACACGGACACACACACAGGCAGACAAUACGCUAUGCUGCCUGUCCUUGCGCGUGUGUGGUGUUGAAACCGUACCGUGAGGCCUGUUCAGCAGCAUCGAGUGCCUGCCGUGCAGGCAUCGCCUCCAUCCCCUUUAUCUCCAGCGUCUUGAGCAGCUUGUCCCUAUUACCGAUGUCGCCCCUCACACGCCCCCCUGCCCUCCCUCCCCCGGCCCCUGCCGACCUCUCCUUCUUGCCGCCCUUGCCUCCCUCUGCUGCAGCAGUGCCGUCGAGCUUGGCGAGCAACUCGUCAAUGUCCACAUCUCUGAUGCUUUUGACCUCAGUUUGUGGAAGCGCAUCGACAUAGGGGUUCUCGUCCGUGUAGCCCGUUUCUCCGGUGAGUUCGUCAUUCAGAUCAAAGCUGGCGACGUCGAAAGAUGGACGGCGCUUGCGAGCGGCCCUCGCAGUGCAAGAUGCUCUCCCUCUGCAACGUGCUCCAGGGAGGUUGGAGAAGCAGGGAGGAGGAUGGUUGCCGAGGGGAUGUGCACUUGAGCGACAGAUCCGCCUCCGCUUUGUGAGUGGCAGUACAUCAAGCGAGCCGCUGCUGUCUUGAAUGGCCGUCACCAUGAACAGAUAACUCAUCAGCCCCAUCAGUCCAUGCAUCAGACUUCGAUUUGAC